AAUUCUAAUUCUUUGACUCCGUUAUUCUAUUCUAUUCUAUUCCAUUCUAUUUCUCCGAUAGAUUUUGAUGUGCCUUCGGUCGGGAUUAGGAGAAGAACAAAAAUUAAAGACAAAAGGGGCGGAGUGGGAGGGAGACUUUCGUGGAAUUUCGAGAUUAUUCCAUUCGCUCCUCGGUUCUCUCGGUUCCGGAUUUAUUCCAUUGCCGCUGGAAUUCCGAGCCCGGCGAGGAUCUGCCGGCCGGAGAUCUGUCCUUGGAGGAUUAGGGUUUGGGGGGAGGUCGGAUCGCGUGGGAUAGGGUUGGAAUAAGAUUGGAAUCGGUCGGAGAUCGGGGCAUCGGGAGGAGGAGAUGAGGAGGGUUUUCGGUGCGUCGAAGAAGAAGGAUCCCCCUCCGUCGAUCCAGGAUGCAACUGAUAAGAUAAAUAAAAGAGGGGACACAGUUGAUGAAAAAAUCAAAAAGCUUGAUGCUGAACUGGCUAGAUACAAAGAACAGAUUAAGAAGACUCGACCUGGUCCUGCUCAGGAAGCUGUUAAAGCUCGUGCCAUGAGGGUUCUAAAGCAAAAGAGGAUGUACGAAGGACAGCGCGACAUGUUAUAUAACCAGACAUUUAACCUUGACCAAGUUUCUUUUGCUGCGGACGGACUUAAAGAUGCUCAGCAAACUAUGUCAGCACUGAAGUCUGCAAAUAAGGAGUUGAAAGGAAUGAUGAAAACAGUAAAGAUUCAAGACAUAGAUAGUAUGCAAGAUGAGAUGAUGGAUCUAAUGGAUAUGAGUACAGAAAUACAAGAAUCUCUUGGUAGAAGCUACAACGUCCCUGAUGACAUUGAUGAGGAUGAACUUUUGGGCGAGCUAGAUGCCUUGGAAGCUGAUAUGGGAGCAGAGACCGAAUCUGAUGCAGUCCCUUCUUAUCUUCAACCAGAUAAGGAACCUGAUCUGGAUGCAGAAUUCAAUCUUCCUGCAGCACCAACUAGCCAUGCAGUGCCACCCAACAGACAGAACCCCCAGGUGGAGGAUGAAUUAGGCUUACCAGCUGUGCCUCGAGCAUCUUUAAGGGACUAGGGAGCGAGCUGCUUAAAAUUUGACGCAUGAUAUCAAGGACAAUAUUACUUUUUGGAUUUGAGAGAUUGUCUGAAUACUUUGCAUUUGUUUAUGCGACAUACAUGCAGCUAAGAUAUUAUUGUAGGGCAUGUUUGGACUUGAGUUUAUGAUCUAAAUACUCUCAUCCAUGGUGAAGACUUCAGUGCAUCUAGUGUACUUGAACAACCAUUUCUUGUGGAAAUCCAUGACUAUUUUGUUUGA